UAGAUUGAUCGGAUUGUAUUUUUUUUUGUGCGUCUUCGUUCCUAAUUUCUUUCUCGCUUCUGCUCAAAAAGCUUACAACCGGUGACUGUGCGCCGACGGAGGCUAAUAUCUCCGUAAGGGUUUCUCUACCAAAUUUGGAAGCUGAUUCCUUUGCAAUGGAUGCGUUUAGAGAUUCGAUACUGCAGAGAGGUCCAAUUGAAAGCUUUGCACUCAAAACUGUUCAAGAUUUUAUUCAACCUCAGAGACAAACGAAGUUGGCUCAAGAUGAAAACCAGAUGCUUGAAAACAUGCUUCGGACAUUGCUUCAACAGCUUGUGGCUUCUGCUGCUCAAUCAGGAGAGCAGAUCAUGCAGUAUGGUCAGUUGAUUGAUGAUGUUAAUAUAAACGGCCAGAUUCCUCGUCUUCUAGAUGUGGUGCUUUAUCUUUGUGAGAAAGAGCAUGUAGAAGGUGGCAUGAUAUUCCAGCUGCUGGAGGAUUUGACUGAGAUGUCUACCAUGAAAAAUUGUAAAGAUGUUUUUGGUUAUAUUGAGAGUAAACAAGAUAUACUCGGCAAGCAAGAGCUCUUUGCACGUGGGAAACUUGUUAUGUUGAGGACUUGCAACCAACUUCUCCGGCGACUCUCAAAGGCUAAUGACGUGGUGUUUUGUGGAAGAAUUCUUAUGUUCUUGGCUCACUUUUUUCCGUUAUCUGAGCGCUCAGCUGUGAACAUAAAAGGCGUUUUUAAUACAUCUAAUGAAACCAAAUAUGAAAAAGAUCCUCCAAAAGGAAUUUCUGUAGAUUUCAACUUCUAUAAGACAUUUUGGAGUUUACAGGAGUAUUUCUGUAAUCCCGCUUCUCUUACUACCGCAUCUACCAAGUGGCAGAAAUUUUCAUCUAGUUUGGCGGUUGUAUUAAACACCUUUGACGCUCAACCACUAAGCGAAGAAGAAGGAGAGGCUAACAGUUUGGAGGAAGAGGCAGCAACCUUUAAUAUAAAAUACCUAACAAGUAGUAAAUUAAUGGGCUUAGAGUUGAAGGAUUCGAGCUUCCGGCGACAUAUUCUUCUCCAGUGUCUCAUUCUGUUUGAUUACUUGAGGGCACCAGGAAAGAACGACAAAGAUCUGCCAUCUGAAACCAUGAAGGAAGAACUCAAGUCAUGCGAGGAUCGGGUAAAGAAAUUGCUCGAGAUAACUCCACCUAAAGGGAAAGAGUUUCUCCGUGCAGUUGAGCAUAUACUGGAGCGUGAAAAGAAUUGGGUAUGGUGGAAACGUGAUGGAUGCCCACCGUUUGAAAAACAACCAAUAGAGAAGAAAUCACCCAUUGCAGGACAAAAGAGACGGAGGCCAAGAUGGAGAUUGGGCAAUAAAGAACUCUCCCAACUUUGGAGAUGGGCUGAGCUAAAUCCGGAUGCGGUGACUGAUUCUCAACGUGUAAAAACCCCAGAUGUUGCAGACUACUGGAAACCAUUAGCAGAAGAUAUGGACCCAUCAGCUGGAAUAGAGGAUGCGUACCAUCAUAAAAACAAUAGAGUUUACUGCUGGAAAGGUCUUCGGUUUGCAGCUCGGCAAGACCUGGAAGGAUUCUCUAGGUUUACUGAUCUGGGGAUCGAAGGAGUUGUCCCUCUUGAACUUUUGCCACCUGAAGUCCGGUCCAAGUACCAAGCUAAACCGAACGAAAAAGCGAAGCGUGCUAAGAAGGAUGAAACCAAAGGUGGAUCUCUGGAAGAAGAAACCAAAGGUGGGUCUCUGGUAUCAGCAGAGGGAACCCUGGCUGGUGGUUCUACUAGUGAAGCUGAAGGUGAAGUUGGAAGAGGCGAAUCAGAGGCGAUGGAGAGUGAUGCUGUUGCAGACACUCCUACCCCUGAGGAACAACAAAGACUCGGUGGUUCUGACACAGACAACGGUCAAGAAGCCGGCCAGAUCGAAGACGCAGAGACAGAGGAAGGUGGUUUGAUGGAGACUGAUCUUAAUCAUCCUCCCGUGCCUAUCUCUUGAGCAAAGCUUUCUGUCUGAACCCUUUCUUUGUUGGUGAUUCCUUUGGAUAUGAAGUUAUAAAUGUAUUGAUUUUUAUCAAAUUAUGAUAAGUACGGCUAUUUUAAAUAUGUUUCACAUGUAGUAAAUUAUGUUGUUUUGCAUAAAAAUUUUGUUGGAUGUAAAAUUUGAAAUGUCUUGCGGUUACUCAAGUUUCAUGCUCAUUCAGUUUCUCUAGUAUAUCACUUUUCAACUCCUAGAUCAGUUCCCUUAAUGGUAUCCUAUAGAAAGAGAAACAUACUUGGACUGUACUACGUUGAGACACGAGAAAGAAGGGAAACCAUGAGAGCUAGCUGGUGUGGAUGUCUUUGUAAGGUUGGAUCCGUUGAAAGAGCAUCUUCUUAUUACAGCCAACACUGUUCUGUCUAUUCUUGCAGUUGAUUUUCCGGUAGACAGGUUGCGGUUCUGUUAGUCACAUAAAAGUGGCCUUGUUUGAGCAUUCAAUGCCGACGAGACCGAUCUAAAAGGAUCAACAUUGGAUAGGUGAAUCAGUUCUUUUAAGAUUGAAGCUUAAGGUUCUGUAUUGUUAUUUGAAAACUUCUGUAACUAGUUCGACGCAGUCGAAUGAAGGUAAAACAAAACAAAAUACUUUAUAAAGACCACAAUAUAUGAGGGUGUUACAACAAACGAGAAAGAAAGGAACCCAAUAAUCUUUGGAUAAGAUAUUCAGACAAGAGAUUAAAUCCGGUUUAAGGUUUUAUACCAAGUCAGAAAAGAACUAGAAAAACUUGGCUUCCCCUGUAACUCACGCCUUGGCUUUGGCUUCAUAUACAUGUGGAGGC